AUGCCGAAAUCAAAUAGAAUGUUACGCUGUGACGAUGGUUGUGAUAGAAGAAACGGGAGUUUUGAGGAUGAUUAUUGUCACGGCGAUCGCGAAUCAAAAAACAAUUCAUAUCAUAGCACCAGAGCCAAAGCAUCAUUCAAAGCACGAACGAGACGAGCUAGAGAUGUGUCUACGUACUUGGUAUCAGAACAUAUAAAUCAAAACAUAGGAAUAGCAAUAAAUUUAAAGAAUAAUCGGCAAGUUAUUAUGAUGGAGAGAUACAAGGGCACGCAACCUGCAAGAAAUACAAGAGUUAGAAUGGCCAAAUUAAAACAACAUCCACUUCAGAAAUCUAGUCCAUUAUUGUGCGACGCAGUAGACGAAGCAAAUAACAUGCCAACCUCUGAAACGAACUUUGUUGCAAAUGCACAAGCGCAACAAUUUCUGAGACAAUUUUUACGAGAUUACUUUCUCACAUUCGACAGUGAGAAACGUGAAUCACUAGUGAAGGCAUAUGCUAAAAAUGCGAGUUUCAUUAUGACUGUGUCUGACAAUGCUCGCAAUCCAAACAAGAUGAAUGGAUAUCUCACACAUGACAGAAGGAAUAAUACAAAUAAACAACAAACAAUAUUGAGACAGGGAUCUUUGCAAAUUGUUGCAUAUUUCCAUGAAAUGCCACAAACAUCUCACUACGUGAAUACAUUUAACAUGGACAUCAAGGAGCAGUUAAAGCAAUUGAAUAGUCAACCAAAUGUACAAGAGGUAAACCCAGAAGCGAUAGUACAGGAAAUACAAAUGUUACAUUCAGUGGCAUAUCCAGAAGCACAAAUAACAAAUGAGGAAGCACUAAUGAUUGAUCUAAAAAGACAAAUGUCUUCACUUAGUAUUACACAAACAUCACCGGUAGAAUUACCCGAAGAUGAAGAACAAAAUAUGACGCUGAAUUUCAAUGAGCAAACAAAUAUGAAUUUGCAGUUAAGUUUGAAGUGUUUAGUAGAAUGUUUAGUAGAACCUUCAUGGAAUUACGACAAUGAAUUUUCAAUAGACCUUGUGUGUCGAAGAAAGAUUUACAAAAAAUGCAACAGCAACUGGAAUUUUUUUCUUUGCUUUCCGUUUCGUCGAAGUUCGGUGUGUCUCAGCACACCAAGGAUCGAUCUCAUUGCACGGACUUCGUAAGAAUGAAAAAAGAAUGUAACGAUAAUAGCAACGCGUUUCUAAAAUUCUGGACACUGGCUAUGAUGUUUUGA